CGGGGAUGCUUUGAGAUGUUCGACACGAUGUGACAUUGUCAUAUCAUUUGUGAAAUGUUUCAAUGACACCGGUUUGUCCCUCCCGACCGGUAGUAAAUCGGGGUUCAUCUCUUCAUGUGUGAAGAAAUGACCGAGGUCCGGCAAGAAGGCAAAGACACGAUUAUCCUUGCUACUAAAGAGGAUCAUGCAACACCCAGUAGUGCGGAGCUUGUCGAGGAAGACCCCGAUGAUCCUUACGAAGAACGAGGCUUGAUUCUUCCCAGCGGGGAGAUUAACUGGACCUGCCCCUGCCUGGGUGGGAUGGCCGGUGGUCCCUGUGGGACGGAGUUUAAGGAGGCCUUCUCCUGUUUCCACUUCAGUAAAGAGGAAGUGAAAGGCUCGGAGUGCCUGGAUCCAUUCAGGGCCAUGCAGGAGUGCAUGCGGCGUUACCCGGACCUCAACUCGCGAGACGACGACAAGGUCCCAGAAGAAAGGGCCUCUAAAGAAGAGCAAGGCUCGGAAGAAACACCACCUGCUGGUUCCAAGUCCAGUGAUACCUCACUGGAAAGCUAAUAACUGGCCUCGCUAACAUGUUUGCAAACACUUUCACGCAUGAGACAGGCUACGUACACGUCACUUGUUCAAGAUGAGCCAUGAUGUCCUUCACGUGAUUUAUGAUUUACGUGUGCGGACUUAACACCUAACACAUGGAACACUCGGCUAGUGUGAGCAUACUGAAUCGCACCUAGGAGAGCAGCGUGCGUGGAAGAGGUGGUCUAGCUACGUCCAGCACCAUUCCAUAACCACGCAAAGAGAAUGACACUAACGGCAUCUCUCCUUGUAGGCUUGACUUUUUAACCAAGCAAACAGAAAUAAUAGAGUUGAAAUAAAAAACAAAACAAAAUUUUGUUUGUACAUUCCUAAGAACAAUUUUUAAAUAAAAAAAAUGCCAACAAAAAUAAUGUGAAAUUGUUUUAAAAAAAAAUUGCAAACAAAUUAUACAUUAUAUACCAAAAUAAAAAAAAAAAUACUGCUUUUGUUGACAAAAACAUUGUUUUCAUGAAAUUUUGUUGCAGUUUUAUGAGAACAAUUUGAUGAAUAAAAUAAAUUGUUCUCAUGAAUCUAAUACAUUUUGUUUUAGUUUCAUAGAAACAGUUGUUGUAAUAGAGUUGCAAAAAAUAUUUAUACCAAAAUUGUAUAUAUACAGUAUAUAUAUAGAAAAUACUGUUUUGUUUUUUUUUACAAAUUAAAAAAUGGAAUUAUACAUUUUCUUUGUAGUUUCACCAGAACAAUUUUUGGAUAAAAAGCAAAAAAGAUUUGCUAACAAAAUUAUAUA